CUCCUAUACUCAUACUCAUACUAUACUCCCUCUCUCACUACAUUAUAUACAAGACUCACCCUACUCUACCAAAUACCCACUCACACACCUUCCACAUCUAAAUCGCAACCAACCACCCAAAAGAUAACACCACAGAACAAAAAACAAAAUGUCCGAUCCCACCGCCGAAGCCGUCCCUCCCCCACCAACAACCUCAACCCAAAACCCCGACGCACAAGGCCAAUUCUCCGCCGCCGUGGACGAUCUCCUCGACCAGCUACAACAUAAAUUCGAUGGUGUUUCGAGAGAGAUGUUUGGGAAGUUGGACGAUAUGGCCAGACGGUUGGAUGAGUUAGAGGCUUCGUUUACGGUUGUGGAUGGGACGACUACGACGUCCGGGGGUGGUGCUGGUGGUGGUGCUGCGUCGCAGACAGGGACGGGGACGGGGACAGGGUCUGGGUCCGUGGUGGGGAGUGCGGUUGGGAGUGGGAGUCCUGAGAAGUGAUUGGAUUGAGUACUGUUUUAUACUGUUUGGUAAUGGGGUUUAUGGUGUUAUGGGAGUUUUUGCUGCUUUUGUGUAUACUCGGGGGAGCUCUCUUUCGUUUUUAUGGUGAUAUACAUAUGGGCUGGGUUGUGUGGGGGAUUGAAGUGGAAUUGAAGAUACCCCCUUACACUGAUAAUUACAUUUACAAUAUACUACUACAUGCACAUAGGAU